CCUCAUACCCCUUUUAUCAGUAACAUAACCAACUUCCUUUUUCCCACACUAUUUAAAGUCACACAUUUCCCUUUUGCCAACACUUCACCACAAGGCUUAAUUUUUGUUACUAGAAUGGAGGGUCAGAGAAAGGGUAGUUUCAAUGUAAUGGAAGAGAGUGACGGCAAUGGCAAAGGAUGGCGUGGAUCAGUAGUGAGAACUUGUGAUUUGGUUUUGAGACUUUUGGCCUUUCUGCUCACUCUUGUGGCUGCUGUUGUCAUUGGGGCAGAUAAACAAACAGCUACUGUGCCAAUCAAACUUGAGGAAUCUAUGCCACCUUUGUAUGUUCCUGUUGCUGCUAAGUGGCAUUACUUGUCUGCAUUUGUGUACUUUGUGGGGGCAAAUGCAAUGGCAUGUGCAUAUGCAACAUUGUCUCUGUUGUUGAGUAUUGGAAACAGGCGUAAAUGGAUGGAGACAGUGAUCACUGUGUUGGACACGUUAAUGGUGGCUUUGCUCUUCUCUAGCAAUGGAGCUGCCAUUGCAGUUGGCCUACUUGGCUUGCAAGGAAAUUCACAUGUUCAUUGGAACAAAGUGUGCAAUAUGUUUGGCAAAUUUUGUGACCAAGUUGCUGCUUCUCUUUUUAUAUCACUGCUUGGAUCAAUAACAUUCCUCUUGCUGCUUCUGCUUCCUCAACUUUUCAGACUUAAACAAACAACCUAGUUAAGGUGUCUUGGGACCUUUGCUAAAUCAAUAAGUUUGGUUAAUUACUUUAUUAUGUAUUCCAUGAGUGAGAAUUAAUGUUAGUGUGGUGGCAUCCCAAGUCAUAGAUUUCAUUGUACUGUGUCUUAGAAACUUAUUUAAGGAUGUUUGAUGGGUUCGUAUCAUAGGUUAUUAAUGCAUGUUAGCAAAAACCUUCUCAACUUUCUAUAUUUGUCAUUUCAGUAUAUUAAAAAUCCAUUUUCACUUAAAGUU